CAACCGCUUCCGGGCACCUUCCCGUCUCGUUUCGCAAAAGGCGAAAAUCCCGCGGAUUCCCAGGGUGACAAUGGCUACCUACAGCCUGGCGAACGAGCGACUACGCGCCUUGGAAGACAUCGAGCGGGAAAUCGGAGCCAUUCUUCAGAAUGCAGGUACAGUGAUCUUGGAACUUUCCAAAGAAAAAACCAACGAGCGGCUCCUAGACCGACAGGCAGCGGCCUUCACCGCGUCGGUGCAGCACGUGGAGGCGGAGCUGUCGGCUCAGAUCCGCUAUCUCACUCAGGUGGCCACAGGGCAGCCCCAUGAGGGUUCCAGCUACUCUUCCAGGAAGGACUGUCAGAUGGCCCUGAAGCGCGUGGACUAUGCUCGUCUCAAGCUUAGUGAGGUGGCCCGAACCUGUGAACAGAUGCUGGAAAACUAGGCCAAGCAGGUGGAAUGAGAGCUUGGAGGCAGACCACCACCUGCACCCGGGACAGAACCUGGAGAGCAUGCCCCCUACAGGCCCUGCUGGUCAGAGGCUAGAGGACAAGGGGCCAAAAGGUGGGAAUGGAGAAGCUUAAAGACCAAGCCCGCCCACCGCUGCGCCCAGGCUCCUCCAGCAGGGUUCUCCUGCCGUGCACUUGACCAAGUGCUGAGGGGCUCAAAUGGGAGGUGGAGACUCAGACACUCAACCCACUUCCUCAUGACUUGGGGCAGUGAAGACACAUUCUUCUCCACUGGAAAAGACAAAAGAAGAACUAAGUGUUUUAAUAAUAAAAAACAAUAACACUAAAAA